GCGGGAUUCACUCCUUGUGAUAAGUCAAUUUGCGCCAGAGGGAGAGGCGAGGGCGCCGCUCGGCCGCCACAAAUCCCCGCGGGAUUGCUCCUCGAUCAAUCGGCGCGCUGCUGCUCCACUCGCGAUCUAUGGCCCGGCCGUGGCGAUCGAUCUGCUGUAAGUUUUCUUUCCUUCAAGAUUUUUCCGGGGUCAGCAGCAUUUAUUGCUCCGCAUUUACGCACGACAGCAUUCUAGCCGCGGGCGCGAGGAGAGGAGCUGCGAUCUCUCCCCAGCAUUCUCGAGAAAUUGGGGGAAAAAUUAUUUCCUUCUUCCAGAGAUCGAACAAGAUUAUCCAGGGGUGGGGCGGCUAAACAGGAAAAUUUACACAGCAGGAUUUGUCCCGUCCGCGACGGCAUCGAACGGCUGUCAAUUUUGUGGUAGCCAUGGUUUUAUCUCCUACAAAGGAUCCAAAGAGGAAUCGCAAGCCAUGGAUGGAUAGGCAGCAGCAUCAGCGCGAGCAGCAGGAAAGCUGGCUCUCUCCGGAGCUCUUUCUGGAGAACCUGGGCAACACGGAGAAUGGUUUCGCGAGCAGCAAGCUGGAAUCGGUGCUGCAAAACUCAGAUUUGCAGAACAGGCAGAGAUCCGAGACGGUGGCGAGCAACAAGGGGGCAAUUCACGAUGAGUCUCGGUGUCACGACAGGGAGCAAGAGCUAGACGGUGUAGAAGACAAAGGAAAAGAAUUGGAACAGCCAACAACAAAUGCGGUGGUGGACUUAGACAACAAAGGAGGAAGGGAGCUAGGAGAAGAAGAGCAUGAGAAUGGCGACGCUCCAAAACUGAGAAACCAGGACGAUGAUCUCCCAGAUUCGUCAGAGCUGGAAGAAAGAGAGGUGGUUUCAAGCUCCACAACUCCCAGCUUCAGGGAAGAAUCCGCGGGAUCACGUCAAGGAUUCGAGGAGACGACUCUUGGACAGGGAAAGGAUCAAACACCGGAGGAAAGAACUGCGGUAGCGGUCCAAGGCUCAUUAAUGGAGGAGGACGCGACGACUACUUCUACCACUUUGUCACCACCACCAUUGGCAGGAGGCGAGCUGGAGCUCGACCACAACUACAAGGAGGAUCUCAUCGGUACUCUCAGCCCUCGACGUAAAGACCGGAUCUUGAGGCCAGCGCGAGGCUCUUCUCGAGCGUCGCAAGAUUUUGACGAGGGCGAGGACGCGGACGUAGCGCCGCUGCCAUUCUCUGGGCCGAUAUCUCUGUCUGGGUACUCGGGUCCCAUUUCCGGGGGGAGCAUUUCAAGGCGCUCAGACGGCAGCAGUACGAGUACGCGGUCCUUCGCAUUCCCAAUUUUGCCAUUCGAAUGGAACGCCAGCCCCGCUCGAAUGCCGCCGCCGGUCAGUCGAGGAAGCUACUGGCGAAACAAACGAGAGUGGUGCUUGCGUUGUCUUUGCUGCUCCCGUCCUUCCACGCAUCCUUGAGGUUUGUGUUUGUGUGUAGCUCUUUUGGUUGCUGCUAGGUGUAGGAAGUCUUUCUCUCCUUUCCUUAAUUCGCUGGUUUUUGUUUCCUUUCUUUUCCAUUUUUGUUCGGAAUUACUUGUAUAUACAGUUUCUAGCGUUUAUUUAAUCGCCCAUAACCGUGGGUUUGUUGACAAUAAA